UAAGAUAAACUCGUUCGUUCUCUGUCUGUUUUUUCCGUGUCUUGCAAAGGUGACAGUUGUAUGUUACUCGUUCGUAUGAGACCACUUCUUAUAAAACACACUACAUACUCAUUCAACCCUUUCUCAUUUUCAACACACUACUAUCUUUUCAAGAACUAGUCAUGUUUUUUUCUUAUCAUAGAUACAUACAUACAUAGAUCUCAAACUCACUUUUUCAAUUAUCUUUCAAUAAUCAAACCGGUAAGCUUAACUUAACUAAACCCUUUUUCUUAAUCAUGCUUUAUUUUCGUGGGCUCUUUUCAAAUUUUCAUUUUUAUUUUCUCAUUAACAUUUUCUGAUAGUGAUAUAGCUUUCUUACGUAUAUGAUUAAUUGCCGAUAAUCACGGCGAGAAAAAAGUGAUUUUUUUCCAUGGAUUUUUUUGUGGGGCUUUAUAUUUUGAAGCAAUGUAGGGAAGUCAAAAAGGGUAUUGCUUUUUCAACUAAAGCACAAAUUUUGUGUUUUUUUUUUUUUUGUGUGUGUUUUUUUUUCUCUACUUUGUUCUUAUCGGUGGUGACCAAGAGUCAACAAGUAUGAAGAAUUGAAUUUUUUUUCAUUUGAAUAAGAUCCUUCUGUGAACUAUUCUAGUUGAUUUUGUAGCUAAGGAAUUUUGAAAAUGGAAAAUAAUAGUUUUGGAUCUUGUACUGUCUAUUAGUUGAGUGUUUGCAUCUGUGUUGUUCUGAUUCAGGAUAUUAAUUUAGGAUCAAUCUUUGACCUAAAAUAUGACAUCCAAAUCGUUCAAACAAAGCAGAUCGUCCCUGUCAGCAAUGUCUGAUGCAUCUGAAACACAAAAGCCUCCUUUACCUCCAACUGUAACAUUUGGCCGAAGAACUUCCUCGGGUCGAUACAUCAGUUACUCCAGAGAUGAUCUUGAUAGUGAGCUAGGAAGUAAUGACUACAUGAAUUAUACAGUGCAUUUACCACCAACUCCCGAUAACCAACCUAUGGAUACGACAAUCACACAGAAAGUUGAGGAGCAGUAUGUGUCAAGUUCACUAUUCACAGGAGGGUUCAACAGCAUUACUCGAGCACAUCUAAUGGAUAAGGUGACCGAGUCUGAAGCAAACCAUCCACAGAUGGCUGGUGUAAAAGGGUCUUCAUGUGGUGUUCCUGGUUGUGAUUCUAAGGUGAUGAGUGAUGAACGUGGUAUGGAUAUUCUUCCUUGUGAGUGUGAUUAUAAGAUAUGUAGAGAUUGCUAUAUAGAUGCGGUGAAAACAGGAGAUGGAAUGUGCCCCGGAUGCAAAGAGCCAUAUAAGAACACAGAACUUGAUGAACUGGCUGUGGAUAAUGGAAUGCCACUUCCACUUCCUGCACCAGGUGGGAUGUCUAAAUUAGAGAGGAGAUUGUCCUUGAUGAAGUCAACAAAGUCAGCGUUGAUGAGAAGUCAAACUGGAGAUUUUGAUCACAAUCGUUGGCUCUUUGAGACAAAGGGUACCUAUGGUUAUGGCAAUGCUAUAUGGCCAAAAGAAGGGAAUUUUGGAAGUGGAAAAGAUGAUGAUGUUGCUGAGCCAACUGAGUUGAUGGGCAGACCAUGGAGGCCACUUACACGGAAAUUGAAGAUACCUGCAGCCGUUCUCAGCCCAUAUCGGCUCAUCAUUUUCAUUCGUAUGGUUGCUCUUGGACUGUUCCUGCAUUGGAGGAUCACGCAUAAAAAUACUGAUGCAAUCUGGUUAUGGGGCAUGUCUAUAGUUUGUGAAUUAUGGUUUGCUUUCUCUUGGCUUCUUGAUCAAUUGCCCAAGCUAUGCCCAAUAAAUCGUUCUACAGAUCUUAACGUUCUGAAGGAAAAAUUUGAAACGCCAACACUUAAAAAUCCUACAGGAAAGUCUGAUCUGCCAGGCAUAGAUGUCUUUGUCUCAACUGCUGAUCCUGAGAAAGAACCGCCGCUUGUCACAGCAAACACAAUCUUGUCUAUUUUAGCCGCUGAUUAUCCAGUUGAGAAGCUUGCAUGCUAUGUUUCUGAUGAUGGGGGUGCACUUUUAACUUUUGAGGCAAUGGCUGAAGCUGCCAGCUUUGCUAAUGUGUGGGUUCCAUUCUGCCGCAAACAUGAUAUAGAGCCUAGGAAUCCUGAAUCAUACUUCAACUUAAAGAGAGAUCCGUACAAAAACAAAGUGAAACCUGAUUUUGUGAAGGAUCGUAGAAGGCUGAAGCGUGAGUAUGACGAGUUCAAGGUCAGAAUUAAUGGUUUGCCUGACUCUAUCCGUCGCAGGUCAGAUGCUUUUCAUGCAAGAGAGGAAAUCAAGGCCAUGAAACUUCAAAGACAAAAUAGGGGAGAUGAACCUGUUGAGCCUAUAAAGGUUCCAAAAGCAACAUGGAUGGCUGAUGGAUCUCAUUGGCCAGGGACUUGGUUGAACACUUCAGCUGAGCACUUAAAGGGUGACCAUGCUGGCGUAAUUCAGGUGAUGUUGAAACCUCCAAGUGAUGAACCUCUUAUUGGAAGUGCUGAUGAUGCAAAGCUUAUUGACUUGACUGAUGUUGAUAUCCGUCUUCCCCUUCUUGUUUAUGUUUCUAGAGAGAAACGCCCAGGUUAUGAUCACAACAAAAAAGCCGGGGCCAUGAAUGCAUUAGUUAGAGCCUCAGCCGUCAUGUCAAAUGGUCCUUUUAUACUCAAUCUCGACUGUGACCACUACAUCUACAACUCCAAGGCAAUGAGGGAAGGUAUGUGCUUUAUGAUGGAUCGUGGCGGGGACCGCCUCUGCUAUGUUCAGUUCCCUCAAAGGUUUGAGGGGAUUGAUCCCUCUGAUAGAUAUGCUAAUCACAACACUGUCUUCUUUGAUGUUAACAUGAGAGCCCUUGAUGGAUUGCAAGGGCCAGUCUAUGUAGGAACUGGUUGUCUGUUUAGAAGGAUUGCUCUUUAUGGUUUUGACCCUCCACGCGCCAAAGAAGACCACGCAACUUUCUGUAGUUGUUGCUUUGGGCGUAAUAAGAAGAAGCAUGCCAACACCUCAGAAGAGAACCGGGCACUAAAGAUGGGUGAUUCUGAUGAUGAAGAGAUGAUGAAUCUUUCAUUCUUCCCUAAGAAAUUUGGGAACUCAAGUAUCCUUGUUGAUUCAAUUCCAGUGGCAGAGUUCCAAGGUAGGCCACUUGCUGAUCACCCUGCUGUGAAAAAUGGACGCCUUCCUGGUGCCCUCACCGGAGAACGUAAAGCUCUUGAAGCAUCGGCAGUGGCAGAAGCCAUCAGUGUGAUCUCAUGUUGGUAUGAGGAUAAGACCGAGUGGGGACAGCGUGUUGGAUGGAUCUAUGGAUCAGUUACUGAAGAUGUGGUCACUGGUUAUAGGAUGCAUAAUAGAGGAUGGAAAUCAGUUUACUGUGUGACCAAGCGUGAUGCCUUCCGCGGGACUGCUCCCAUCAAUCUAACUGAUAGGCUGCAUCAGGUUCUUAGAUGGGCUACUGGCUCAGUUGAGAUAUUCUUCUCUAGAAACAAUGCAAUUAUGGCCAGCCCGAGAAUGAAAUUUCUUCAAAGGAUUGCAUAUCUUAAUGUUGGAAUUUAUCCAUUCACUUCUUUUUUUCUUAUCGUCUAUUGCUUCCUUCCUGCACUCUCCCUCUUCUCAGGACAGUUCAUUGUUCAAACACUCAAUGUCACUUUCCUUGCUUACCUCUUGGCUAUUACCGUGACUUUAUGCAUUCUUGCCGUGCUUGAGAUUAAAUGGUCAGGAAUUGAGCUGGAAGAAUGGUGGAGAAAUGAACAGUUUUGGUUGAUUGGAGGUACUAGUGCACAUCUAGCUGCCGUGCUUCAAGGUUUACUAAAAGUCGUAGCAGGUAUUGAAAUCUCAUUCACCUUGACUUCAAAAUCUGGCGGUGAUGAUAUAGACGACGAGUUUGCUGAUCUGUAUAUUGUCAAAUGGUCAUCGCUUAUGAUACCGCCAAUCACAAUCAUGAUGGUUAACUUAAUAGCAAUAGCUGUUGGAGUUAGCAGAACCAUAUACAGUACCAUACCGCAGUGGAGUCGUUUACUAGGUGGUGUUUUCUUCAGCUUUUGGGUCUUGGCUCAUCUCUACCCUUUUGCAAAAGGUUUGAUGGGAAGAAGAGGGAGGACACCUACCAUUGUUUUUGUAUGGUCAGGUCUAAUAGCAAUCAUAAUAUCGCUCCUUUGGGUGGCUAUCAAUCCACCAGCCGGUACCGACCAAAUUGGUGGUUCAUUCCAGUUCCCGUGAUGAUAGUUCAUUCUUUUUGUCAGAUUAUUACAAUUUUCCUAUGGAGUUUAUAAUUCUUUUUUACUCUUGAUUCAACAUCUCAGCGAUAACAGUGAAUGGACUUGAAUUACAAUGUUUAGUUUGCUUGUGAAUUUUAUUCCGAAAGUUGUUUGAUGGUGAUAUUGUGGAAGGAAUAUUAUUAACUUGCUGA